AUGAUUGUAGUCUCUUUUGCUUUUCGUUCCACUUGUGGGCCUUGCCCAUAUACUUCUCUCUCUUGCUCUGUCGUGCCGUCUCGCUAUCGCGGUCACCUCGCACUCCUACACCACCUUACCCAUGUGCAGGAGAAGAGGCACGCCCGCAUGUAUCAUGCACAGCAGGUGCCACCCAUGUCAUCGACUGAGGGACCGGGGAGGGAGCCACCUGGCGGUGUUGUUAUUGACUGCCGCGGUACGCGGUACCACGUCGUGCGUGCCGCGGCGCGAAUGGUAGGAUGGACGGUGUAUGAUACGGAUUCCACGGAUCGCGUGCCGGCAUUCUUCCCUGACGUGCCGCUGGAGGCCGUGGAGCGAGUCACCGCGCCGCUGCAUGCGCCACAGGUCAUAUGGGUGGACAAGAGCGUUGUGAGUUCCAGGGUUGGCGGAUUGGCGUGUUAUCAGCGCCUGAACCACUACGCUGCAAUGAAUGUCAUUGCCCGAAAGGCGCUCCUGUUUCGCCGCCUCAUGCAGCUGUUGCGGCUUCAAACGAAAGAGGGCGCAAUGUCGGAGCGCCGUGGUUGCGGUGCGGCGGUAGACUGCGCGAAUUGUGAUCAAUCGCCUCUAGAGCGUUUUCUUACGCUGGCGGUGCCAGCGAGUUUCUCGAGCCUCACAGACCUCGGUCGCUUGGCGGCGUUUCAACGAGAGCUGACGGUGCGCACCGACCCUUCCUCAGAGCCCCGUCCCGUGUUCUUCAUCAUUAAGCCCAACACAGGGUGCGAGGGCAAGGGGAUCCGUCUUACCACUGCCCCGGCGGAGGACCUGACCGAGGAGGAACGGACGGACAAAAGGAGGGAGUGCAUCGUGCAACUCUACGUGGAUCGCCCGCUGCUGAUGGGCGGCAAGAAGUUCGACUUGCGCCUUUAUGUGCUGCUUCUCGCGACAGUGCCCCAGCAGCUGUCGCGACGCUUGACAGUGACGUCUCCAGCUCCCUCUUUUAGUUUGCCUGUCCCUAAGCCCGCUCUGAGCGAGUGCCGCGGAGGCUUAACAGAGGUACCGCGCGAUGUACAAGGCGUGGAGCUGUUCGUGCACCAGGAAGGCCUCGUGCGCCUCUGCGCCGAACCCUACGCAGCGCCGACUGAAGCAAACUGCUGCAAUGUGUGGCGGCACUUGACCAACUACGCCGUUAACAAACAUUCAUCGUUGUACGUGCCGGCCGCCGACGGCGACGGCACUGAGCCUCACGUCGACGACCGUGACUUUCCGAGGCAGCCAGCGGCGCCCGUUGACCAGGAGGGGUGCAACAAACAAAGCCUCUCCGCGCUUGCCUCCCUCAUCGACUCUCUCCAGGGCCCGGGCGGGUGGCUGUCUGUGCGGCGCCGCUUAGACGAGUGUAUCGCCCUUACUGUUCUCUCUGGUGUCGAGGUGCUGCGACGUGAGCUGAUCGGUGCUGGUGGCACACGAGGCUACCGUGCCGAUGGUCGCAGCUGCUUCGAGUUGCUUGGGUUCGACGUGAUGCUGCGCGAGGCGGACCUGCACCCAGUUCUGUUGGAGGUGAACCACUCCCCAUCUCUGUUCUGCGACACCGCCUUCGACUUUGCCGUAAAGAGUACUGUUUUGCGUGACACCUUUCGACUGCUGGAGACGCACAUCCCUCCCUGGGGGCAGCAUGAGGGCAACCCGCAGAAGUACGAGGCCUGCAUGCAAGGCGAUACCAAAGUAUGGAUGGAGGAGGAAGCAGAUAUACUGGUGCGCGGGGCCGCCGCGGAGCCGUUCGGGUUUCGUCGUCUACUCCCCCACUACAGUGCAGGUUGCAGCACAGGCGGUGCUGAGAGGACUGGGGAUGGAGAGGCCAUUGAUGACUGGCUGCCGGCCGAAAGAGCGGCCCAGCAGCGCAUGGUGGAGCUGUCAAGGCGGCUGCCCUGA